GCGAUGGAAAAAAAAAAUGUAUACAAAAGUCUAUAACCAAAAACUAUCCGCUGCGCCUCAAGUGCCAAGAGCUUCAUGGGUCUCGCGAUACCACCGAACACCGGACACCGGUCCAAUGAUGCUGUGGAUAGACAAAGCGGCCAGACCAAGAAAGGACCAGCCUCGAGCAGAAGAGAAGCAUUGGAAGAACAGAUACUCCGAGACCAAAAAAAGGAAGAAACGAGCCACAAGCAUACCUAUCCCACUUCUACAACAACGACUAGGUUGAAAUCAGUC